GACCAUCCGAUUUUGGAUAAGAUAUACAGCCAUAAGAACGUAAGCUACAGUUAAUAGUAAUGGCACUAAAUUAUUAGACUAUAACAGAAGCCAUGAAAUCUCUACUUUCAAUCUCACCACCACCGUCGUCUCUUUACUUGCCAAACUCUUCUUCUUCACCAUGGAAACCCAAGAGCCCAACAAGGCUCUUCCGCACCAUAAUGGCCUCAAAAAGCCCAAACCAAACCAGAGGAGCUCAAAGAAAAUCUUUAGCCAAUGCCAAAGGCUUUACUGGUACACCGGUGCCGUCCGCGAAAGAAACUCCGGUGCCCCAAAACUCCGGUAAGCGUACCAGCAACGCCGGACCCGAGGAAGAAGUCCCACAAGUUGUUUUCAAUAGAAUGAUGGUAAGGAUUUUGGUGUCGGUGGGGGUUCCCAUGGCGACUGGUUUAGCGUUGUUGAAGAUUUUUGAAAUAGGGAAGGAGCAAGGAUUAUUGGUUGUACCGGUUUGGGUAGCGUUGUUGACUACGUUUUUGACUUUUGGGGUUUCUUCUUUUGGGAUUGCUUAUGGAGCUUUGUCUACGAGUUGGGAUGCGGAGAGUGAUGGCUCUUUGCUUGGGUUUGAAGAAGCACAGAAGAAUUGGGUCGAUAUGUGGAGGGAAGAAGAUGAGAGCACUGGAUGAUAUCAUGGAACUUGUUGUACCUGAUAAGAACCUUUUUCUCGCUUUCUAUAAUGUCUAAUUAGUGUACAAAUGCUUAGGAAUAAAAUUCUAUUUUUUUUCUUUUCA